UUCAGAGUGGGAUAGUUCAGCUGUCAGAGGGGCUUGGAAAAGCUUCCCUCAAUCUGCUCAGCUGCUAACAGCCAUGAGUGACUGAGAACACUUGUUAAAUAUAGCCCAGGCAGACUCUGCUACACUCAAAGCUCUACACUCUCCUGCCCAGGAACAAAAGGGAAAAGGCAGGGUCCUGGCUACUGACAGGCUAUAUUCCACUUAUCUACCCUCCUCUCCAUCUAACUUUGGAUAUCUCCAUUUGAAGGAAAAACGGACUUUUCAAACAAAAGCAGCUCUGACCACCUCCUCUUGCUUGCUGGUCUCUCUCUCUCUCUCUCUUUUUCUUUCUCAUCCUCUCAGUUUGUGAAAGACUGCCGGCCCAAACUCCUGGAGAGGACAAAGCUUGGUGUUCAUCUUCAGACGCCUCUUGCAUUGCCUCUGUUGCCUUGACAGGAGAGAAGAGGAGAAACAAGUUAUUAAAAGAGAAAAGUAAGAGGUGAGAGUAUAGAUCAUCUACGUUUGAUAUGAUGUCUCUUAUUGACACACACAGUCAAGGUAACUGAAGAACAUUGAGACAUUGAGGAGAGACGCUUUUUACUCUGGGACUUGAUUCUCAGUAACUGAGAUAUUCCUUUUUGACCUGUCGUCACCUGUGAUGUGGUACCAUUGAGAACAGGUGAGAAUGCGGUCCAGGUGCAGCACAGCCAUGGAGGGCUCAGACGACGGACAGAUAAACCAGGUCACCCAGCCCACCAAAGCCUUUCCCAAAGAGGAGGGGGAGAACACACCAGAGCUGGUGAAGAGGAAAAUGAAGGUCCAGCAAGAAGAGAAAGAGGGGAAGUCAGUGGUGUCUGGAACAGCGAAAAGGCCCCAGACAACCACAGAGAGCAGCAGAGGACAAAAGAAGGCAGCAGGGCUGACAGACCUCUCCAAGGAGGACCUUCUCCGUCUGCUGGGAGUCAUGGAAGGAGAGGUGCAGGCCAGAGAGGAUAUCAUCCACAUGCUGAAGUCAGAGCGUCCACGACCCGAAGCCCUGGAGGCCCAUUACGGCUCAGCUGCCUCCAUCAAACCCCUCCAGGCCCUGCAGAGAGACAGCCUUCUGACCAACAACACUACAACGCUAGGGGACAACGUCUAUGAGAUGCCCAUGCAAGAGUUGGACCGGCUGGAGGAAAAGCAUCGCGAGACGUACAGGCGUAUGCUGGAGCAGCUGCUGCUGGCCGAGAAGUGUCACCGCCGCACGGUUAACGAGCUGGAUAGCGAGAAACGCAAACACACAGACUUCAUGAACAAGAGUGAUGACUUCACCAACCUGCUGGAGCAGGAGAGGGAGAGAUUAAAGAGGCUGCUGGAGCAGGAGAAGGCAUACCAGGCUCGUAAAGACAAGGAUCACAGCAGGAGGCUAGAGAAGGUCCGUGAGGAGCUGGUCAAACUCAAGUCCUUUGCUCUGAUGCUGGUGGAUGAGCGGCAGCUCCACAUUGAGCAGAUCGACCAGCAGAGCCAGAAGGUCCAGGACCUCAGCAGUAAGCUCCAGGAGAGAGAACAGCGUCUGGCCGCUGUACGCGGCACCACCAAAGAGGACGCACAGAAGGUCCUUAGGCUAGAGGCGGAGCUGGAGUGCAAAGCUGCCAAGUUCACCCAGGAGCAUGAGGAGAUGACUGCCAAGCUGGCCAACCAGGAGUCCCAGGGCCGUCAGCUCCGCCUGAAGCUGGCAGGCCUGGCCCACAGGAUCGAGGAGCUGGAGGAGAACAACAAGGCACUACAGAAGUCAGAGGAGGACCUCCUGGAGCUAAGGGACAAGAUCAGCAAGGGGGAGUGUGGGAACUCCAGCCUUAUGGCGGAGCUGGAGACCCUGCGCAAGAGAGUCCUGGAGAUGGAGGGCAAGGAUGAGGAGAUCACCAAGACGGAGAGCCAGGCCAGAGAGUUGAGGAAAAGGCUGCAGGACGAGGAGACCACCGGCCGGGAGCUGAGGCUGGAGGUGGAGAAACUGCAGAAGAGAAUGGUGGAUCUGGAGAAACUGGAGAGGGCUUUCAACACGAGCAAAUCAGAGUGUGCAACACUUCAUAUUAACCUAGAAAGAGAGAAAGGACUGGCAAAGGACUUGGCUGGUGAGCUGGACACAGUGAAAAACCGUGUGAAAGAACUGGAGAACUCUGAGUCGAGACUUGAGAAGGCAGAGAUGGGCCUAAAAGAUGACCUGAUGAAGCUGAAGUCAUUUACAGUGAUACUAGUGGAUGAGAGAAGGAACAUGACUGAGAGAAUAAAACAGGAGGAGCUAAAGAGCGAUGAUUUAAAUAAAAUGUUCAAAACUGAGCAGAGUAAAGUUAUGGAGGUCACAGAAAAGUUGAUCGAGGAGAGCAAAAAGCUCCUCAGACUGAAAUCAGAAAUGGAGGUAAAAGUGACGUCUCUUACUAAAGAGAAAGAUGAACUGAAAAGUAAACUAGCAAGUGAAGAGGAAAAGUGCAGGGAUCUUAGCUCCAAGGUCGGCGUAAUGAAAAAAAGAAUGGACGGGCUAGAGGAGGCAGAAAAAGUAUUGUUAAAAAUCAAAGCCAAUAAGGACAGCAAGAGACCCCCAGACGAGGAAAACAAAUUCAUGGAGCUAACGCAGGAAAUUGAAAGGCUAAAAAAACACCUCAAACAGCUAGAGGUGGUGGAAGGUGACCUGAUGAAGACAGAAGACGAGUACGACUUACUGGAGAAGAAGUUUCGAAUGGAGCAGGACAGGGCCAAUGCCCUCUCUCAGCUGCUGGAGGAAAUGAAGAGUCAGACUGCCAGGAACAAAGCCAUAGAAAAGGGAGAGGCGGUAAGCCAGGAGGCUGAGCUCAGGAUGCGCUGCAAGAUGGAGGAGGCAAGGACCAGAGACCUGCAGGCAGACGUCCAGGCCCUCAAAGAGAAGAUCCACGAGCUGAUGAACAAGGAGGACCAGCUCUCCCAGCUGCAAGUGGACUACUCCCUCCUCCAGCAGAGAUUCCUGGAGGAGGAGGACAAGAAGAAGAGCUUGAGCCAGGAAGUGAUCAACCUCACCAAAGAGCUGGAGGUCACCAAGCGCUACAGCCGCGCCUUGCGUCCCAGUAUGAAUGGAAGGAGGAUAGUAGACGUCCCUGUCACCUCCACCGCAGUCCAGACAGACGUGGUGGUCAGUGAACCUGCCGAGGAGGACACGCCUGCAGUGUUCAUCAGGAAAUCUGUCCUGGAGGAGAACCAUAUCAUGAGCAACCUGAGGCAGAGGGGUCUGAAGAAGCCUGUAACUGUGCUGGAACGCUACCCCCCAGCAACCACCGAGCUGGGCAUGAGAAAAUCAUGGAUCCCCUGGAUGAAGAAGAAGGAUGCAGUGACGAUCACUCAGACCACCCCAGAGAAGACCCCAACCCCUCAGGACAACGGGAACUCCUCCCCUCGUUCACCAGAGCUGUCCAUGUCCCAAAAGCCAGGCCAGCCGUUGCACAUUCGAGUAACCCCGCAUCACGAGAACAGCACUGCCACUUUGGAGAUCACCGGCCCUCGUGCUGAGGACUUCUUCUCCAGCGCCACCAUCAUCCCCACAUUGGGCCUGCAGAGGCCUCGCAUCACCAUUGUUCCCAAGCCCACCACCGUGUCCUCAAAGAGCAAGCCGGGUGAGGGCGUGAUGGGGGGGCCUGAGCGGUGCAAGUCUCCAGUCACCAUCACCACCAUCUCCAGGGCCAAGUCCCCAGAUAGGAGUAAGGGCUCCUCCUACUCAGAUUCGAACAGACCCCUCUCCCCCGUCUCCAUCAUCACAGUGAGCACCACUCCUGUGACGGAGGCCUUUGCCUCCGCAUCCCCAGAGCCCCAUGACAUGAGCACCAUGGGCCGGGCUGUGUUCAAAGUGACCCCAGAGAAGCAGACAUUGCCUAUGCCCGUCAGAAAAUACAACUCCAACGCCAGCAUAAUCACCACCACGGAGGACAACAAGAUCCACAUCCACCUGGGACCUCAGUUCAAGAGGCCAUCAGACGUCAGCAGUAGCAGCCCCACAGUGACGGUCAGGCCCCUUAGUGUGAGCACAGAGAGCAAGGAGGCACCCCCAGGUACGGUGCUGCGCUCCCCGCGUCACCCCAGCAACAUCACCACCGCUCCUGGGAAGAACACCCCCAACAAAUUGACCAGCAGCAUCACCAUCACCCCCAUCACCUUGGCACCAUCCAGGCCAACUCAGUCUGUGUUGCUUCUGAAAUGUUUCAAAAUGAUAUCAGGUGGUGUCUGCUCCCUAGAUAGCACUCUUUCCAGCCCGGGGCGGAUGUGCAGUCAACUCGUGCCACAGCCACACGAAUCCCUAUGUCAAAAGGAAAUAUUGUGCACCAUGUGAUAGUUGAGCCCAGAUGAUGAGACUGUAAUGUGGAACUCCUUCCUUCACCUAUGACAAGCAUCCCUACUCUACUCUUACAGUGUGCCACGGCAACCAUAGGGUCAAGCCAACAGACGACAACCAUCGGAAAACAGUCAGAACUCCGCAUGCAGACUGUCAUGGAGAUGAUUUCUAACCUCAGGGCACCUAACAAGGCUCUCUUCUCAAUUCUGUGGGCUUUCUAAUAAUAUUACCUCUGGAUUCUGGCUUACAUCACUAUGAGAAAUAGCCACAUGGAGUUGUAUAAAAGGGGUAUGCAACAUGGGGUAUGCAACGUGUAAUCUACAGUAGCUCUGGUUCAGGCUGUUACGUGCGGCUUGAGCGUUAUUCAAUGGAAGGCUUGAAGACUCAAGCCGCACGUGACACCCUUGACCCGAGCUAACGCUGCAGCGGUUUGUGCGAGAGGACAGAUACAUACCGUACCAGUCAAAAGUUUGGAAACACCUACUCGUUCAAGGGUUUUUCUUUAUUUUUUAAAAAUGUUCUACAUUGUAGAAUAAUAGUGAAGACAUCAAAAGUGUUACACAACUGUUACGCUCUCCCUGCCUGCUCCUCUGUGUUUGUGCUUUUACUUGCAGAUUGGGGACAGGUGGAGCUGAUUGGGUCGUUAAGGUGACAAGUUGCACCUGGGUUUGGGAUCAACUAGGAGAUAAAAGUUCCUGGUGCCCAGUUCUGUCUCUCUCUCUCUCUCUCCGCAAGCACCAUUUUGUUUGUGAUCUGCUUGAUUAUCUUUUUUGAUUAGGUGCACCCUUCAACACAUUUUACCUUCAUCCAUGCAUCUUCAUUACACACCUCACAUGCCUACUUUCAUACGUCACAGGUUAGUUCGGUGGAGAGAAGACCACAAAGUCUCUUUUUCCUGUAUUGUCUAGAGACACUUUGUUCUGUUCCUUGUUGGGUCAUUGGAUUAUGGAGGGGAGUUGUCUUUGCAAUGUAUGACAGUGAGAAGUUGAGGCAGACAACUUAUCGUCUAGACCUAUGGUCUUUCCCCCUGUUAGGUAUAGUGGCGUGUUCCCACUGGGAGCAAGUUGUGUGUGUCGUUUUGUUAUUUUUGUGUGGUGACAGCGGUCAAAGCAGUUGUCUCUGGAGCACAUCUGUGGUUUGGGGUUGGUUACUAGCAAGCUGGUUCCUCCUUCGUGCCAGCGGGCUCUAGUGCAUCAAUACCUGCCGCAAAGCCACCGAAGACUAGGGUUAAGUUUAACAAUAGGAUUUGGGGAAACUCAAGUAAUACUCAUCUGUUUUUGCACUGAUCUGUUCAUUUGGUAGUAGCAUUAUGGCUUCUACUGAGGAUUUUGUCCGUGUUCCUUCUGAAGAGUUGCUUAUGCAGUUUACCAAGGAACAGUUUUUGAAGUUGAGUGAGUAUUAUCAUGUUGAGAUUAGUGACAAACGUCUCAAGGAUCCAGUGAGGUCUUUUCUGUCAGCUAAUUUGCUUUCAGCUGGUAUUUUUAAGGCAGAAUUGAGUGAAACUAGUCCAGCUGUAUUGGCUGUACCAAUUGUAUCUAGUGCUGGUUUGAGCAGAAAAAUGAGUUAUUUUUAUUGCAGCGAAAUCAUGACAAAGAUUUAAACAUCAAAAAUAACUUGAUUUGAAAGGUUGAAGCAGGAUACAGAGCAAGCUAAACUGCGGUUGCAACAUCCGCGAGAAUGAUGCUACAGUGUAUUUUGACCGGUAGGGCUCACUCAUCUCUUAGCACUACAGAUGGCGAUGAUUACAUGAAGGUUAAAACUGCUGUCCUGCAUACUUAAGAGUUGGUCCCUGAAACGUAUCGACAGCAUUUCAGAACAUUGAAGAAAGGUGAGAAACAGUCCCAUCUUGUUUUCACUGGAUUUGUUAACUCAAUUCAAUCUUUGGUGUACUGCGUCAGCAGUCACUCGUUUUGAAGCUUUGUACAACCUGGUUGUCCUGGAACAAUUUAAUCUGUCCCUGAUCGUCUUGCUACCUAGAUUAAAGUGCGGACUGCAUCUGAAGCUGCUGUUUUGGCAGAUGCGUACGUACUGACCCCCAAAGGAAGUUUGAGGGUCCAGUUAUGUGAGCUUCGGGGCAGAGGAACCAUUCAAGCGAAUUUCAGUCAGCAAAUUCCUUUGGUUCUGGUAAUGAAGCAUUUCUAUCUAGAUCCGAACAUGUUUCAUGUGGACAGAAUGAUGUAAGUAAAAUCUGUAUUAUGGCAAAGGCCACUGGAAGAGCUAAUGUCCUGUCCUUGGUAAAAAGGUCAGCAGAUUGGCCAGCACAAAUGUAAAACCUGUUGCGUUAACUGGGCCUGUUCAUGCUAAUCCUGUUGCUCAAAAAUUGUCCGAACCUUUCAGUAUUUAUUAUUCACCGUUUGUCAGAGGGUUGUGUUUCACUAUUGGGAUGUGCCAGUAGAGUUUCUGCGAGACACUGGUGCCUCUGAAUCGCUUGUUUUGGAGUCUGUUCUGCCUUUUUGUCUGGAGACAGAUACAGGAACCAGUGUCCUGAUUCAAGGGAUAGAUUUCAAUACAUUGUCUGUACCCUUGCACAAAUGUCAAACUUAUAUCUGACCUAAUGCAAGGUGAUGUUUACCUUGGGGUGGGUCCCUUUCUGCCCGUUGACUGUGUUCAUGUGAUUUUGGGUAUCAACUUAGCCGGUAGUCUGGUGUGACGCAUCUCCUCUGGUGGUUUCUCAUAACCCAUCCCAUGUAGGGAUUAUCACUUAAAACCUACAGAGAUUCCCGGAGCUAUUCUCUACAUGCGCUGUGACUCGUGCUAUGAGCUGUGCUGACACUAGGGUCAAAACGGAACUUACACAACACAGCUGAACAGUUUGAUAAUCGAUUAAGUAAGGAGUGCUGCCCAGGGUUACAACAUUCAAGAUCAGUUGUUGGUGAGGAAAUGUACACCUCACAGCAAAAGUUGUGGGUGACGCUAUUGUUCAGAUCGUGGUUCCUUCUAAGCUUCGAGAUCAAGUUUGGAAAACAUGACGUUUCUGGUUCCUUAGGGGUUAGUAAAAACUUAAGAUAAAAAUUGUCAUUUUUCUUGGCCUCGUAAUCGGAAAUGUCUUUCUUUAAACAUCUAAACAUGCCAUGUUUGUCAGCUGACUGGGAAGCCUAAUCAGAUUUGAAGGCCAGUCUCGCUACAUACAACCUAUUCCUGUUUACAGGCCAGCCAUUUGAUUAUUGAUGGUGUUGGACCCUUACCCUGUCCUAAAGCUGGUAGCACCUACAUGCUAACUGAUUUGUCAGGCUACGAGAUAUCCUGCAGCCUAUCCACUUCGGAACAUAACCACAACCAACAAGUCUGUCGUGAAGGCUUGGUCACAGUUCAUCUAAAUUUUUGGAAUACCUAAGGUGAUUCAGAGCGAUCAGGGUUCCAACUUCACUUCGCACAUAUUUGCGCAAGUCUUGCAACAAAUGCAUAUAAAACAUAAUCGGGCCAGUGCUUUUCAUGCUUGGAGUCAAGGGGCCCUUGAGUGUUUAUCAGACUUUGAAGUCCCUGUCACGUGCGUACUGCACUGAAUUAGAAUGUGACUGGGAUGAGGUGUUACCCUGGUUGCUACUCACUGUUAGAAGUAUCACAAGCGCGCACGGGGUUCAGUCCUAAUGACCUUGUUUUUGGUCAUACUGUGUGUGGUCCCUUUGCUGUAUUAAAGGAGGAUUGGAAGGUGGUUGAAUGUCCCCCAAAUUUGUCAUGUUAGUAGUUUCCAACACAGGUUGUACAAAGCUUGUGAAAUAGCUAAAGAAAAACUAGCAUCCUCUCAGGUGAGGAUAAAAAGGUUGUUUGACCGGUGAGUUGCGCCGUGACAAUUUAGUCCAGGGGACCAGAUUCUGGCCCUGCUGCCCGUUGUCGGUUCUCCUUUUCAGGCUAAAUUCAGCAGCCCAUACACAGUUCAGAUCGGACAAUUGCCGAACCACAAUCUGAUUGCUACCCCUGAGCGCAGAAAGGCGAAUCCGCUCUGCCGUGUCAAUUUGUUAAAGCCCUAUUAUGCUCGUUUGUCUUCUGAAUUGUCUAAAUCAGAACUAUGUGCUAAAACUGAUGUGGUUAGUCCUGUUCUUUUGGUGGAAUCUGUUUAUCUGAGGUGAGCCACUCCACCUUCACAUACAGUGGCAGUGUGAGGAAGAGUGGCUGCCGGGCCCUGAUGGUAUUUUACAGGGUAGGUUGAUGAAUUCAGAGUUCAUUUGCAAACUUGGCGCGUUUGUUGGGUCACCUGUCUUAUUGUCAAGCAAAGUUAACUGAUUUGAUCGCUCACUUUCAGUCUUUGUUUGACACACCUUCUUGUACACAUUUGGAAGUGCACGAUGUUGAUGUUGGAUGCUGUCCCUAUUAAACAAUGUUUGUAUCGUGUCAUUGGAGAAGCUAUGCCACUUGGACUCCAGAUUAAGUACAUGCUAGUUAAUAAUAUCGCUGUACCAUCAUUCUCCAGUUGAGCCGCCCAUGUCUCUUGGUGAGCAAGUCAGAUGUUUCUAAGAUUUUGUAAUGACUACCGGAAGGUUAAGUGUGACAACCUGACUGUUACCCACACCCAUGGAUUUCUGUCAUGGGCAUCCGGUGGGCCUCUAUAUGGUUUGCAUAGUAUUUGUCAACCUUUAUUAGUUAUGGUUUUUGAUCAGUUGUAUUUGUGGUUUUGUUUUUGGGUUGUUAGUGCUCAAUUUUUAUGGGAUGGGGUGUUACAUCGCCCCUUGCUCUCCCUGCCUCCUGUGUUUGUGCUUUUAUUUGCUGAUUGGGUCAUUAAGGUGACAAGUUGCACCUGGGUUUGGGAUCAAAGAGGAGAUGAAAGUUCCUGGUGCCCAGUCCUGGCGCUCUCUCAAGCACCAUUUUGUUUUGAUCUGAUUGUUUUUUGAUUAGGUGCACCCUUAAACACUUACACACAUUUUACCUUCAUCCAUGCAUCUUCAUUACACCCCCCACAUGCCUACUUUCAUACUUCACAGGUUAGUUUUCCUUUUGUAGUUUUAUACUUAGUUAAUUAUUGAAUAAAUAUUUGUUACUCCUUAACUGCCAAUGUGUGGACUCCCUUUGUCGCCAGGUUGUGACAACUCAAUUUUAGAUUCUAAGUAGCCACCCUUUGCCUUGAUGACAGGUUGCACAUACUCUUCCAACAUAUGCUGAGCACUUGUUCGCUGCUUUUCCUUCACUCUGCGGUCCAACUCAUCCCAAACCAUCUCAAUUGGGUUGAGGUCGGGUGAUUUGUGGAGGCUAGGUCAUCUGAUGCAGCACUCCAUCACUCUCCUUGGCCAAAUAGCCCUCACACAGCCUGGAGGUGUUGGGUCAUUGUCCUGUUGAAAAACAAAUGAUAGUGGGACAAGGUGCAAACCAGAUGGGAUGGCGAUUCGCUGCAGAAUGCUGUGGUAGUCAUGCUGGUUAAGUGUGCCUUGAAUUCUAAAUAAAUCAGUGUCCCCACCAAAGUAUCAUCACACCACCUCCAUGACUCCCAGUGGGAACCACACAUGCGGAGAUCAUCCGGUCACCUACUCUGCGGCUCACAUAGACACGGCAGUUUGAACCAAAAAUCUCAAAUUUGGACUCAUCAGCCCAAAGGACAGAUUUCCACCGGUUUAAUGUCCAUUGCUUGUUUCUUGGCCCAAGCAAGUCUCUUCUUAUUGGUGUCCUUUCGUGGUGUUUUAUUUGCAGCAAUUUGACCACGAAGGCCUGAUUCAGUCUCUGAACAGUUGAUGUUGGUGUGUCUUGAACUCUGAAGCAUUUAUUUGGGCUGCAAUUUCUGAGGCUGGUAACUAAACUUAUCCUCUGCAGCAGAGGUAACUCUGGGAAGCAGUUUCAUCAUAGCGCUUGAUGGUUUUUGAGAAGUUCUUAAUGUUCUGUAUUGACUGACCUUCAUGUCUUAAAGUAAUGAUGGACUGUCAUUUCUCUUUGCUUAUUUGAGCGGUCCUUGCCAUAAUAUGGACUUGGUCUUUUACCAAAUAGGGCUAUCUUCUGUAUAACACCCAAACCUUGUCACAACAACUGAUUGGCUCAAACGCAUUAAGGAAAGAAAUUUCACAUUAAUUAAAGGCACACCUGUUAAUUGAAAUGCAUUCCAGGUGACAACCUUGUGAAGCUGGUUGAGUGCCACUGUUUUGUUUACCAUAUUAUUCCAUAUGUGUUAUUUAAUACUUCUGAUGUCUUUGCUAUUAUUAUACAAUAUAGAAACGAGUAAAAAAUUAAGUUAAACCCUGGAAUGAAAUGAGUAGGUGUGUCCAAACAUUGGACUGGUACUGUACAUAUUGGGACCAUCUUAACGACUGCAUUCAGACUUCUCCAAAAGUUGCAUUGCAUGCGUGCCACUAACUUUCUCAUAAAACCUGAACAGUGAAUCAUUAUAAUAAAUUUGGUUUUAAUAAGAUUUUAUGAAGAAAAAAAAAGCACUGUAAAAAGUGUUUUAAAUACAUUUAAAUGGAAUGAUAUAAAAUUGCUAGCAUAAAAAAAGAUGACGCAUUGCUGUUGAACCGGACUUCGUUAUAGUAGGCCUAGAGUAAGGGUAGCUUACAGAGGGCUUGGGUUUUACAAAUAUGAAAUGGGGGAAAAUUAACAAUUGUUACAGGAGAUUAACUUCUAAAUACGAGGUUCACUGGUAUGAAGCGUAGGCUACAUGAUGGGCAUGUAGCCUAUGUCAUGGAAGGGGUUUUACGCACGUCCAAAGCAUAGCUAAAAUAAUUUAGGCCUGCUUAUAAAAAAUAGAUAGUUAAGAAGGGAACGUCAGCUCACUGUUUUGCUUCUCACAAACAUGAUAUUUGAAUAAAGCUUUGGUGAUUUAAGAUUCAUUUCCAAGCGGUCUCACGAACCAAACACUUUAUCGAUGGUCUUGACAGGACAAAAAGAAGACAUUCAAAUAAAACAAGUGGUGGGAAAGGUUAUGUUUAUAAAUAUGAAAUAUAUAGACCCCAAAUCACAUGUUCCUUGCGUGUCACAGCUGGAUAAGUUGCGACUCUGCUGUCAAAAUGUAUGCCGUAACCAACUGUUACCGCUAAAACCAGCUCUUGGUUGGCCUGAAAUAUCCCAACCAGUGCUGCCUGAAAUUAGUACUUUGUGUAACGGAUGUGAAAUGGCUAGCUAGUUAGCGGGUACGCGCUACUAGCGUUUCAAUCAGUUACGUCACUUGCUCUGAAACCUAGAAGUAGUGUUGCACCUUGCUCUGCAAGGGCCGCGGCUUUUGUGGAGCGAUGGGUAACGGCGCUUCGUGGGUGUCAGUUGUUGAUGUGUGCAGAGGGUCCCUGGUUCGCGCCCGUGUCGGGGCGAGGGGACGGUUUAAAGUUAUACGUUUACAUUUGGAUCAUGUUAACAUGCCUCAAAUAUUUCCACCCUUCCCAUCUGAGCGCAAGCAUGGUGAUGUUUGACAGGUAAAUUGUCAAACCUGGCAUUAGGGCUGGAAAAUAAGGAAGUCCUGAGGACAUAUGAAUAAAAAUAUAUAUUCCCUCGUUAUUUCGAUCACUAAAUAACAAAAGUAAUUUUGUACGAUCACAAGAUCGCUUGUUACAUAAAACAGGCAUCGAGGCAUUCAGUUACCUUUCGAUUGAAUGUUAGAAUGGGCUAAACGAGUGCCUUAAACGACAGUGUGUUAUGAUCGUUGGUGCCAGGCGCGCUGGAUCCAGUAUCUCAGAAACGGCCGCCCUCCUGUGCUUUUCACUCACGACAGUGUCUUGGGUUUACCGAGAAUGGUGCGACAAACACAACAUCAGCUCCAACCUGUGGGUAAGAACAGCUUGUUGAUGAGCGGGAGGUUGAAGAAGGGCAAGUAUCGUGCAAGCUAACAGAUGGGCCACAAACAGACAAGUAAUGACGCAGUACAACAGUGGUGUGAUCCUGGUCAUGGAUGGGGUGUUGCAGCAGAAGACCACACCAGGUUCAACUCCUAUCAGCUAAAAACAAGAAGAAGCGGCUCCAGUGGGCACACGAUCACCAACCCUGAAUAAUUGAGGCGUGGGAAAACUUUAACUGGAACAUUACAGCGAGUUCCAUUUACUUGAGUCCCCAGACCUCAUCCCAAUAGAGCAUCUUUGGGAUGAGAUGGAAUGGGCGGUUCACAGCAUGAAUGUACCGCCGUCCAAUCUGCAGCAAUUGCGUGAUGCCAUCACAUUAGCAAGGACCAACAUCCCUGUGGAACUUUUCAGGCUGUUCUGGAGGGAAAUGGGGAUCUGACCCGGUACUAGACUGGUGUACCUAAUAAACUGGCCAGUGAGCGCAUCUUUCUAUUACGUGUGGGAAUAGUUUGGAACAGAUUUCCAAAAUUAAAGUAACUUGGGGCUGGUUUGCUGGUGUUUUUACAGUAUUUAAUGCCCCAAAAUAAAUAAAAUAACAUAGGGGGGCAAAUAUCAAUCAAAUUCCACUUGCGGUCCACCAUUUGGGGAACUCCGCAGUAUUUUUUAUUUUUUUAUUUCACCUUUAUUUAACCAGGUAGGCUAGUUGAGAACAAGUUCUCAUUUGCAACUGCGACCUGGCCAAGAUAAAGCAUAGCAGUGUGAACAGACAACACAGAGUUACACAUGGAGUAAACAAUAAACAAGUCAAUAACAUGGUAGGAAAAAGAGAAUCUAUAUACAAUGUGUGCAAAAGGCAUGAGGUAGGCAAUAAAUCGAAUAAUUACAAUUUAGCAGAUUAACACUGGAGUGAUAAAUCAUCAGAUGAUCAUGUGCAAGAAGAGAUACUGGUGUGCAAAAGAGCAGAAAAGGAAAUAAAUAAAAGCAGUAUGGGGGUGAGGUAGGUAAAUUGGGUGGGUAGUUUACAGAUGGACUAUGUACAGCUGCAGCGAUCGGUUAGCUGCUCGGAUAGCAGAUUUUUAAAGUUGUUGAGGGAGAUAAAAGUCUCCAACUUCAGAGAUUUUUGCAAUUCGUUCCAGUCGCAGGCAGCAGAGAACUGGAAGGAAAGGCGUCCAAUGAGGUUUUGGCUUUAGGGAUGAUCAGUGAGAUACACCUGCUGGAGCGCGUGCUACGGGUGGGUGUAGCCAUCGUGACCAGUGAACUGAGAUAAUGCGGCACUUUGCCUAGCAUAGCCUUGUCGAUGACCUGGAGCCAGUGGGUCUGACGACGAACAUGUAGCGAGGGCCAGCCGACUAGGGCAUACAGGUCGCAGUGGUGGGUCGUAUAAGGUGCUUUAGUAACAAAACGGAUGGCACUGUGAUAAACUGCAUCCAGUUUGCUAAGUAGAGUAUUGGAAGCUAUUUUGUAGAUGACAUCGCCGAAGUCGAGGAUCGGUAGGAUAGUCAGUUUUACUAGGGUAAGUUUGGCGGCGUGAGUGAAGGAGGCUUUGUUCCGGAAUAGAAAGCCGACUCUAGAUUUGAUUUUGGAUUGGAGAUGUUUGAUAUGAGUCUGGAAGGAGAGUUUGCAGUCUAGCCAGACACCUAGGUACUUAUAGAUGUCCACAUAUUCUAGGUCGGAACCGUCCAGGGUGGUGAUGCUAGUCGGGCGUGCGGGUGCAGGCAGCGAACGGUAUGCUCUAAAAAUGGUCAUUUAUGUUAUGAAUCCAGAUAAUCAGGCACAGUUGUCAAAGGAUGACCCAUGUAUGCAAUAUCAGCUGCUUAUGUUUGCAACAAUUAACCUGAAAAUUCAUAUGGUUUGUCAUUAUUUGAGAGUUCAUAAAUUGAUCUUCUACUAGACCGAUAAAUGGUUUUGGUCUAUUCGGGUCAGGAAAAUAUUCAAUAUCAAUUUAUUGGGAAAAACAAAUGAAAAUUAUAAAAAUAAUUAUAUAAUUCAUUGACUUUGAAUUAAUCUCCUGAAUUGAAUCAGACAUUAGCUAUAGUAUGAAUGAUACUAUUUGCCACAAAUAAACGUUUAUCAUAUUUUAUGUAAUCACGUAUUUUCGCUUCGCAGUACGCAAGUUUGUAAAAACUUUCUGACUUGGGUGUUUAACGUCGGGCAAGCCAUUUUUUAAUAUAAAACAUAGUUAUAUAUGGAGAAAUAACCUAUAGAAAACGCUGAUAUAUUUGUGCUAGUUUUCUCAGCUAAACUGUUAGCUUCUUCAGCUUCAGGGAGACGACCCAAAAUAGCUGACACUGAUUGUUUUCAGUCAGAAGCCAUGAUGGCGUCGAGCUACAACGCGAAGUAGGAAGGCGGUUACAUCGCCGUACUUGUGGGACCAUCAAUAAAAAGUCCGAUAACACAGCGUUUUAACAACAACGAUUACCUGCUUGGCAACCCAUUCUGACAGCAGGCACAGUUCUCCCAGCUUUCUUCGUUAUCCGUCUCAUCUGAAUCCCCAUUGGUAUAGGACUCUACGUCACGUCUAACAACAUCAAGGAGUUUGAGGUAAUGGGGCAGGUUGUCACUAGUUACCACUAUUCUGGGUACCAGUCUUUAGCUAACAUUCCACUCCUUGCCAUUGCCAAGGUGACUGACCAUUCGGCAAAUUCAACAUGCAACUUGAUUUACGGCGGAGUUGGUUGUUGGAAAUAACAUUAAAGUAAUAUUUUUCAUGACCACAUGUGGAGCCUCGAAAUUAGAAUUGUAAGUAAAAAACAUUUAGCUGUUAGCUAGGCAAGUUGUUGUAUUUUGAUGCUUAAAGUGGCACUGACAGCGUUUUAACUACUUUGCAGAUAUGAAACAAUCAUAUCAGUCAAAAAUAUCAAAUUCUCAGUAUGCUUAAACCAACUUUAUAAGCGGUUUUAAAAAUGGAUUGAUUCAAAAUACAGUAUAGAGUAAGGCAUUGUUGGCAGAAUAUAUGGUUGCAGUUAAAUGCAUGAUUAACAUAAUUGAUCAAUGCAUUUCUUGGUAGUCCAAUAUAAAUAUUGCUAUCAGGUUCUAAAUCACAGCUGGCCUGGUACAUUGUUUGCUGCCUCCACCCAUUCAGGAUGCACUGUUUCAGUUUCAAUGACUCAAUAUUAUUUUACAAAAACGGACGAUUUUAACUAAGGCUGGAAAUGUCAAUGCGAUGAUCGCAAGUCGGUCAUAACGUGGCUAAUGGGCUAGCGCACAUGUGUCAAACACAAGGCCCGCGGGGCGAAUAGGACACACAAACAACCAUAAAUUAGUAAUCUACUUUAUGAAAUUACAUCCUGAUGCGCUCACGUAGGUGAAUUCAACUUCAAUUGCACUGCUUUCGUGCGUGCAUGCAGUGGAGGGAAAGUGUAGACAAAUGCAGUCCUAGCCAGGCUACUAAACUGUUGCAGUGUGUCAUCGAUAUUUUAAAGCUUGACAAUCAAUAACCAAAACUAAACCUGCAACAAAACACCAUGAAAAGGAGAAACAUGUAGGCCUUUUACAGCAAUAUUUGAGGAGUAACCUAGGCAGGCAGAAAUGCUGCAUUCAACUACACCAGUGAUCCAUGUAGUGGAAACAUUUUUUCAAAUGUUACAACAAAACUAUUGUUAUGUUUUUAUUUGGAAUUAUUAAUUACUUUUUGAUUAGGGUCGCAGCAUAUUAUACACACCUGCAAACAUAGCAAAGGCUGGACUAAUAUUUAUUUUGUUUUAAUAUGCUAAAAUGCUAUAUACAGCAUCUUAUGUACAUAAGUGGACAUUAUAAAGGGCCAUAUAAUUUCUAAUAAAUCAAUGGCCAGUUUGGGUCGCAGUUGCACGACCCAAAAACAAAUAGGCUAUAUCUGGCCCGCGAAUUCAGUGUUUUUUUUUCUCAAUAUCCCCGUGCGAUGAUUGAGUUAGGCUAGCUCAGGGGUGUCAAUCUAUUUAUGUAGCUAUUUAUUUAGCAAGCUUCUAACACAGAGCCUAACUUUAGUCUGCUGGGAGGAUGUCAUUGGAAGAGUGGGUGAGUGACCAACUUUUUCCCCUCAUAUGUUUUUUCGGUGGCUACAGCUAGAAAUGCAGGUGUGAUUUGGUUAGCUAGCAAGAAAUGUGAAUCGCUUUGCUAGCGAUGCUGAACUUGAACGACUGUUAUCCAUAGUUAGCAUACCUCUUAGUUGUCAAUCAAAUGUAUUUGGCAUUGAUCAAAUGGUCAGGCAGGCAAGUUCCCAUUCAGUUGUCAAAACGUGGGUUGGGACAAGAAUGCAUUGGGCAGUCAAGAUGCAGAAGGACGAGCAGGCUAUUAUUCCCAAUCGUUUCAGUGCAACUUUGACGGCGAACUAGUUGAAAAGUUUGAGAGCUUAUCUAAUUAUCCCUUUUUAGAUUUUAGCUGAUCUCACUUUGGCUAGCAUUAGUUGUUGAUGUGUAUAGGCAACUGAAGGAGAAGCCUACCUUCAUGUUUUUAUAAUCAAUAGGACUGUGAAGUUUCCAAAUAUAAGAGGACUCCCGUGGUAUAGACAUGUUUGCAGAAAUCAUUCAGAUUGCUUUUAGCGAAUACAUUCUAAAGUUGCGCUGUUGCUACUGCCUGUAAACGCACAGUCCAGUUCAAAGGGAAUGUCAGGCCGGUGUAGCAAAUUGAUAUUUUUGAUAUUUGCAUAUAGGCCUACUGAAGCUCUGAUUGGAUAUGGGUCACCGGUCUGCGUAGAGUACGGCCCAGGACAAGACAGGUUUUAUUUACUGAAGUGUCUUCAUUUUGCAAGAGCAUGGCCACUUUCUCACUAAUACUAUAUAAUCUUCACUAAUGCCUUACUAAUAGUAAUUCCCAAACCUUCUAUGAAUUUGUGAAAAUGACCGUAUCUAAGUGCUCUCCUCAGAAGAUUUUAAAAAGGGUGUAAUUUUUCCUGGAGGUGUAUAUGAACAGAUUUUUACAAGAUUUCAUGUUGCCAAAACGCUAUCAGUUCCACUUUUAAAUCAAAGCAUGAAGGUUUUGUGGUUGGAAUUGCAGUAUGUAUUUAGGUUGAGAAUUUAGAUGUUAACUAGCUACUUUUGACAGACUGGUUACCUCUGUUCUCCUCAAACUCAUUAUAGAAUGUUCAUAUUUGAAAAUGGCAGAAAGUCAAAUCUGUUUAACAAUGAAAAGGAGUGGAAUGUUAGCCAAAGAGACUGGUACUCAGGCUGUUGCCACAAAGUCAAAAUUGUCUAUAAUUGUAAGUCAUAAAAAACCCCAGCUUUUUUUGUCUUAAUUUAAAGUUUCAAUAUGUAACUUUUGGGCAACCUGACCAAAUUCACAUUGACAGAUCUAUAACAUACAUUUCUUAUUGAAAGCAAGUUAAGAAGCGGUAGAUCUGCUCUAUGUGCGCUAUUUCUAUUAGAGGUCGACCGAUUAAUCGGAAUGGCCAAUUUAAUUAGGGCCGAUUUCAAGUUUUCAUAACAAUCGGAAAAUUGUAUUUUUGGACACCGAUUAAAAAAAAAAAAAAAAAUGUUUUUAAAAAAUCCUUUAUUUAACUAGGCAAGUCAGUAAAGAACACAUUCUUAUUUUCAAUGACAGCCUAGGAACGGUGGGUUAACUGCCUUGUUCAGGGGCAGAAUGGCAGAUUUUUACAUUGUCAGCUCAGGGAUUCAAUCUUGCAACCUUACAGUUAACUAGUCCAACGCUCUAACCACCUGCUUUACAUUGCACUCCACGAGGAGCCUGCCUGUUACGCGAAUGCAGUAAGAAGCCAAGGUAAUUUGCUAGCUAGCAUUAAACUUAUCUCAUAAAAACAAUCAAUCAAUCAAUCAUAAUCACUAGUUAACUACACAUGGUUGAUAUUACUAGUUUAUCUAGCAUGUCUUGCGUUGCAUAUAAUCGAUGCGGUGCACAUUCGCGAAAAAGGACUGUCGUUGCUCCAACGUGUACCUAACCAUAAACAUCGAUGCCUUUCUUAAAAUCAAUACAGAAGUAUAUAUUUUUAAACCUGCAUAUUUAGCUAAAAGAAAUCUGGGUUAGUAGGCAAUAUUAACCAGGUGAAAUUGUCACUUCUCUUGUGUUCAUUGCACGGAGAGUCAGGGUAUAUACAACAGUUUGGGCUGCCUGGCUCGUUGCAAACUGAUUUGCCAGAAUUUUACGUAAUUAUGACAUAACAUUGAUUGAAGGUUGUGCAAUGUAACAGGAAUAUUUAGACUUAUGGAUGCCACCCAUUAGAUAAAAUACGGAACGGUUCCGUAUUUCACUGAAAGAAUAAAUGUUUUGUUUUCGAGAUGAUAGUUUCCGGAUUCGACCAUAUUAAUGACCUACGGCUCGUAUUUCUGUAUGUUAUUAUGUUAUAAUUAAGUCUAUGAUUUGAUAGAGCAGUCUGACUGAGCGACGGUAAGCACCAGCAGGCUCGUAAGCAUUCAUUCAAACAGCACUUUAGUGCGUUUUGACAGCAGCUCUUCGCUGUGCUUCAAGCAUUGCGCUGUUUAUGACUUCAAGCCUAUCAACUCCCGAGAUUAGGCUGGUGUAACCGAUGUGAAAUGGCUAGCUAGUUAGCGGGUGUGCGCUAAUAGCGUUUCAAACGUUACUCGCUCUGAGACUUGGAGUAGUUGUUCCCCUUGCUCUGCAUGGGUAACACUGCUUCGAGGGUGGCUGUUGUCGAUGUGUUCCUGGUUCAAGCCCAGGUAGGGGCGAGGAGAGGGACGGAAGCUAUACUGUUAUACUGGCAAUACUAAAGUGCCUAUAAGAACAUCCAAUAGUCAAAGGUAUAUGAAAUACAAAUCGUAUAGAGAGAAAUAGUCCUAUAAUUCCUAUAAUAACUACAACCUAAAACUUCUUACCUGGGAAUAUUGAAGACUCAUGUUAAAAGGAACCACCAACUUUCAUAUGUUCUCAUGUUCUGAGCAAGGAACUUAAACGUUAGCUUUCUUACAUGGCACAUAUUUCACUUUUACUUUCUUCUCCAACACUUUGUUUUUGCAUUAUUUAAACCAAAUUGAACAUGUUUCAUUAUUUAUUUGAGGCUAAAUUGAUUUUAUUGAUGUAUUAUAUUAGGUUAAAAUAAGUGUUCAUUCAGUAUUGUUGUAAUUGUCAUUAUUACAAAUAAAGAAAUAAAAAUCGGCCGAUUAAUCGGUAGUGACUUUUUUUGGUCCUCCAAUAAUCGGCAUCGGCGUUGAAAAAUCAUAAUCGGUCGACCUCUAAUUUCUAUGCUUCCCGUUAAGUUUAGAUUUUGCGUCUUACUUUUGGUUUUGUACACCAGCUUCCAACAGCUGAAAAUACAAAAUUUUUGGUUAUGGAAAAUAUUUCACUGCUGUUUGAUGGACAAUGAUUCUCGACACUAUACUUGCUUGUUUAGUGUAGAGAUUUGUUGCAACAGUCUGCUGCAACCUGAAUGCAAUACGCAACAUCCGGGACUAGCAUUCCUAGGCAUUAGCCACUCUAGCAUGGUUUUGGAAAAUGGUGUUUCAUAAAGAAAGCAUAUUUUCCCAGUUCCCCCUCACCAUUAAAUAUAGUUUGAGUAAAUUGACACCUUGGCAGCCUGAAUGGAGAAUGUUUUAGGUACGAACCGGUCCACCAGGGAUAUGAGUGAAUUGUCUGCUGCAUACAAUGCGUUUGGACUGUAAAAUGAAACGACUUGUUAUCGCCAUCUGCCGGCCUUUGGGAUAACCAGCAACCUGCUCCCAUGUGUAGCAAGCUAGCUACUCAACAAGCCCAAAGAGAAGGGGUCCCAAACUAGCUACAGAUUGUAACACCAGCUAAUUUGAUUUAAACAAGAACAUUUGGUAUCCAUUAUCCUGGGAGUUACAGGUUAGGUACUGUUUGGUGUAGCAAAGCACAUGUUUGACCAAUCUUAACUCGAUGAUACUGUCUUCGUCCUCGAGUCGUGGAAACAGGAGUUUAACAAAAUGUCUGUCCAGUUGCAGGGGGUCAGUUUUGAGUUUGGAAAAUGCUCCAUUAUUAAAAUAUUUACAGUAUAUAUAUAUUUUUUGCUCUAUGAAGUAAUCCAACAAUGUGUACGCCGCCAUCUUGUCUACUUCAAGUUCUCUCAUUGAUCGAGACAGGUCUCUGUCAUCAUGACAUAUGGCACUUUGGGGUGGACCCACCUGUCUAAAUCGAUGAGAGUAGACUUCAAAUAGACAAGAUUGCGGAAUGCACGGUCGGAUUACUUCAUGGAGCAAAACUUUUGAAUUUACAUAUUUGCUUGUUUGAACCUUUUACCAAUUUUAGCAUCAAAAUAUGUGCCAUUCACUUGUAUAUAUGCUUCUACCACUGUCGUUUUAAAUGAUUGUUAUCAAUAAAGAAUAUAAACUUGAACAA